AUGCCGCCACGAUCAGGUAUGUCAGUUUCAACACCCAUAAACAACAACAACAACAAUAAUCCUCCCGAUAUGAUUCUUCCUCCUAAUUCUGUUCCCGUACCUUCUGCUCCCACUUCCCUACCUAAUUCAUCUCAUAGUUAUUCGGUUCAAGAACCCCACGUACAAAAUUAUAUUUCGGCAGAACAUCAGCACGUCAAUAAUUAUCAGGAGAAAAAAAUGGCAACGGAUUCUCAAUAUUCUCCGUAUAACAUGCCCGGAAAUUUAAUGCAAAUGCCUCCGAAUUACUCGAUGAAUUAUCCACCGCAAAAUUAUUCACCGAAUGGUCAAAAUUACGGGAAUCAAUUAGGGAGAGAUUAUUCACCGUCGGAUCCUACGAAUUUCGUAGCUCACAAUACUUAUAGGUAUCCGAAUCCGAGUUACAUGAAACCCGAUCCUCCGAAUUAUCCCGAUUAUUCUUCUCCUCCGCAGCAACAGGACGAGGGUUACCCUAGGGGUAACGUACCUCUACCGUUGCCCGCGAUUCCUCAAGAUUCCUACGUUUUAACCCAACUGACGGAUUCUUCGAAAUCCAGCUAUCCGGUACAGAGUUUUCCACUCGGCGAAUCUUCGUUCGAACGAUCCGAUUAUCAGGAACAAAUGUAUUCCGAUGACAACAACAAAGAAUUUUCUAAAAUUCCGAUGGAAAAUUUACAAGGAGGAAACGAUGGGAAGGGACAAGACAAUGCCGACGGCGGCGACAGCGGCGGCGGAGGAAAUAACGACAGGAACGUAUCACAAAUCAUGAUCACAACCACGACCACCAUUGAUAAGCAACGGGAAUCCGAUCAACAAAUUGAAAAUGGCGACGGUUUUGCCGAUAGAGUUAAUGAGUAA